ACCCCGUAAUACAUCUGUUUAAACGUCAGGGUGUUACUCUUGCACUGUGGAAGUGAAUCUUAGUUGAAUAUCUAUUUCAGGUGAAUCUUCACAACAUUCUUUUUAUUAAAGUUUGUGCAGGUAAAAUUACCUGGGGUGGCUUAUAUGCUAUGAGGGCUAAGCUUGGAGGUGAAGAGACUUGGAGCCAGGUGAUCAGACCUUCGUCCUCAAGAGUGGAGACAGAUGUUUAACCAAUGAUCUUGGUUGGCAUGGAAAGAAUUAUGGAAGGUUGAUUGGUCUUGACCUUGUAGAGGCUGGUCUGUUUGUAUCUUAGUAAACUAAACUCCCUUGUGUGACUUUCAGGGUGGACCCUUGUUCUGUUGUAACUGUAGGGUGAAGAGACUGGUCCUUGAAUUUAAAGGUAAACCGGUGUUGAACCCAUAGAGAUCAUGAUGAAUGCCUGUAGCAGUGGCAGCUUUUUCCGGUAUUGAUAAUUUUCCUGUCUUUCACUAUCCAACCUUCUCCCCCACCUCCUUCCUACUCUCUUUAUUUCAUUUUAGGACUUUGGCUCUUAUGGGGGACUUGAAUCAAAUGUUACUUAAAACCUGGAAUGAGCUGAAUUGGAACCAUAUUUGCUCAACUAUGAGUCAAAUCUAAGUGCUUAAAAAUGUCCUUGGCAAACUACUUUGAUGUGAAACAGUAGAUUUUCUAAAUGAUUUAGAGCCAGAACAUUGAUUCCCUGAAUCUUAUAAAUAUGGAUUCAGAAAGUUCAUGUGUAUUGAACAUCUAGCACCUGUUAAAGCAUUGGACUGAAGAUGAGAAGAACUGAUUCCUCUCAAGAACCCUUCAUUGCUGGGGAUGGGGAGCACACCGGAAGACAUGGUGGUGUAGGGUGGUAGGUGUGGCAAGGACAGACUUUAAAUUAUAAAUGUGAGGUGCUUAGGAAGAGGCACCACUGAACUUUUUUUUUUUUUUAAGGUUUUAUUCAUUCAUGAGAGAGGGACACACACACACACACACAGGCAGAGACACAGGUAGAAGGAGAAGCAGGCUCCAUGCAGGGAGCCCGAUGUGGGAUUCAUCUCGGGACUCCAAGAUCACGUCCUGGGCUGAAGGUGGGCACCAAACCGCUGAGCCACCCAGGGAUCCCUUGAACUUUUUGAAAGUAGUUGUCGUAUCAGUGGGGUGUUGAGCUAUACCCUGAAAUUAAUAGGGUAAGGUGAUGUUUUUCGUGUUAAAUGUGUGCUGAGGAACAGAAGCAUUGAUGUAUUUGAAACACACCAGGGUGAUCAGUACACCUAGUGCAAGAGUGACAUGAGCUAAAUCUAGUAAUAGAUUUAGUAGUGUGAAGAUUAGAAAGAAGCUACAAGUUUGGGCACCCUUCAAGUCCAUGAAAAAAUUAGUAUUUCAGCAGAGUUGUAGAAAAGGCAGGCGACGGUGGGUGAAGAGUGAGCAGGAAGUGAAGACAUCUUGGACGGUUCCAAGUGAUCUGUCAGGAAGAGGAAGCAGAGAAGGAGCCUGGAGGUGUGUGAGUGCAUGUUAUCCAGCUUCUCAAAGCUGGGAAAGCUAAGGAAGUAUCCUACAAUGCGCUAGCCUCACACAUAAUCUCAGAAGACGGGGAUAACCCUGAGGUUGGAGAAGCUCGUGAAGUCUUUGAUUUACCUGUAGUUAAGCCAUCUUGGGUGAUCUUGUCCGUUCAGUGUGGAGCUCUGCUGCCAGUAAAUGGUUUUUCUCCAGAGUCAUGUCAGAUUUUUUUUGGAAUCACUGCGUGUCUCUCCCAGGGUGUUGAUACAAGCUGGAGCUCUUUGUUGGAGUCUUCCAGAGCUCUCCCAGGGAGAGGUAGGGAAGGGAGCUUGUGCCAGCAGAAGCUGAGAAGCACAGACACCAUCUGCCUUCUCCUGACCCGGUAUUGAUGCAGGCUGGGGCCCUGUUGUAAUGUGCUGGGUGUCGUCCACAGACAGGAGCGCCUUGUGGGCUUUGCUCACUUUCUACGGGGGCGACUGCCAGCUGCACCUCAACAAGAAAUGCACACAUCUGGUUGUUCCAGAACCAAAAGGGGAGAAAUACGAAUGCGCGUUAAAGAGAGCAAGUAUCAAAAUUGUUACCCCUGACUGGGUCCUGGAUUGCAUAUCUGAGAAAACCAAAAAGGAUGAAGCAUUUUAUCAUCCUCGACUGAUUAUUUAUGAAGAGGAAGAGGAGGAAGAAGAAGAGGAGGAGGAGGAGGUAGAGAAUGAGGAACAGGAUUCCCAAAAUGAGGGUAGUACAGAUGGAAAAUCCAGCCCUGCCAGUUCUCAAGAAGGCUCUCCUUCAGGGGACCAGCAGUUUUCACCCAAAUCAAACACUGAAAAAUCUAAAGGGGAGUUGAUGUUUGAUGAUUCUUCAGAUUCAUCACCUGAGAAACAAGAGAGGAACUUAAACUGGACCCCUGCCGAAGUCCCACAGUUGGCCUCAGCAAAAUGCAGACUGCCCCCGGGAAAGGAGCCUGGGUUAAUUAACUUAUGUGCCAACGUGCCGCCAGUCCCAGGCAACAUCUUACCUCCCGAGGUCCGGGGUAACCUCAUGGCUUCGGGACAAAACCUCCAAAGUUCCGAAAGAUCAGAAAUGAUCGCUGCUUGGAGUCCUGCUGUGCGGACGUUGAGAAACAUUACUAAUAAUGCUGAUAUUCAGCAGAUUAGCCGACCGUCAAAUGUAGCACAUAUCUUACAGUCCCUUUCUGCACCUACAAAAAACCUAGAGCAGCAGGUGAAUCACAGCCAGCAGGGCCACGCGAAUGCCAACGCAGUGCUGUUCAGCCAGGUGAAGGUGGCUCCGGAGCCACACCUGCCACAGCAGCCACCACAGCCACCACCGCCCCCACCGCCACCGCAUCCAGUGCUGCACCUUCCCACCCAGCAGCUCCUGCAGCUCCAGCCGCAGCCGCAGAUCUCCCAGCAGCCUUACCCUCAGCAGCAGCCACACCCCUUCCCCCCACAGCCGCUGCCCUUCCCCCAGCAGCCCCUGCACCGGCCCCAGCAGCCCCUGCAGCCCCUGCAGCCACAGCAGCAGCACGCCCUACAGCAGCAGCUGCACCAGCUCCAGCAGCACCAGCUCCAGCAGCAGCAGCUGGCACAGCUCCAGCAGCACAGCCUACUGCAGCAACAACAGCUCCAGCGUCUGCAGCAGCAGCAGCAGCAGCACGUGCAGAGCCAGACACCCCAGGCCCUGCCACACCAGGCACAGCCCCCACAGCCCCAGCACCAGCCUCUGCAGCAGCCCCUUCAGCAGCCUCCGCAGCAGCACCAGCCCCAGCCACCCCUGCAGGCCCCACAGCAACCACAGCACCAGCUCUUCGGACACGACCCAGCAGUAGAAAUUCCAGAAGAAGGCUUCUUACUGGGAUGUGUGUUUGCGAUUGCGGAUUAUCCAGAGCAGAUGUCUGAUAAGCAGCUGCUGGCCACCUGGAAAAGGAUAAUCCAGAUGCAUGGCGGUGCUGUGGACCCUACAUUCUCAAGCCGGUGUACACACCUUCUGUGUGAGAGUCAGGUCAGCAGUAUGUAUGCACAGGCGAUCAGGGAGAGGAAGAGAUGUGUCACUGCGCACUGGCUGAACACGGUCUUGAAGAAGAAGAAACUGGUGCCGCCUCACCGUGCCCUGCAUUUCCCGGUGGCAUUCCCCCCCGGAGGAAAGCCAUGCUCCCAGCACAUUAUUUCUGUGACUGGAUUUGUCGACAGUGACAGAGACGACCUGAAGCUAAUGGCUUGCCUGGCGGGCGCCAAGUACACAGGCUACCUGUGCCGCAGCAACACGGUGCUCAUCUGCAAAGAACCAAUUGGUUUAAAGUAUGAAAAAGCCAAGGAGUGGAGGAUACCCUGUGUGAAUGCCCAGUGGCUUGGCGACAUCCUCCUGGGGAACUUCGAGGCGCUGAGGCAGGUGCACUACGGCCGCUACACGGCGUUCAAUCUGCAGGAGCCAUUUGCCCCGACGCAGCAUCUGGUUUUAAAUCUUCUGGAUGCUUGGAGAGUCCCACUGAAGGUGUCGGCAGAGUUGCUGAUGAGUAUGAGACUACCUCCCAAACUGAAACAGAAUGAAGUGACCAACAUCCAGCCUUCUUCCAAAAGAGCCAGAAUCGAAGAUCUGCCACCUCCCACUAAAAAGUUAACACCAGAAUUGACUCCUUUUGUGCUUUUCACGGGGUUUGAGCCUGUCCAAGUCCAACAAUAUAUUAAGAAGCUCUACAUUCUCGGGGGCGAGGUUGCCGAGUCCGCGCAGAAAUGCACACACCUCAUCGCCAGCAAAGUGACGCGCACGGUGAAGUUCCUGACGGCUAUCUCUGUGGUGAAGCACAUCGUGACCCCAGAGUGGCUGGAGGAGUGUUUCAAGUGUCAGAAGUUUAUUGAUGAGCAGAACUACCUCCUCCGAGACGCUGAAGCCGAAGUGCUGUUCUCUUUCAGUCUGGAAGAGUCCCUGAAAAGGGCGCACACCUCCCCCCUCUUCAAGGCGAAAUAUUUUUACAUCACACCUGGAAUCUGCCCAAGUCUUUCGACCAUGAAGGCGAUCGUGGAAUGUGCAGGAGGACGAGUGUUGUCUAAACAACCAUCUUUCCGGAAACUCGUGGAGCACAAGCAAAAUAAGAGUUUGUCAGAAAUAAUUUUAAUAUCCUGUGAAAAUGACCUUCAUUUAUGUCGAGAAUAUUUUGCCAGAGGAAUAGAUGUUCACAAUGCAGAGUUCAUUCUCACUGGAGUGCUCACACAAACACUGGACUAUGAAUCAUAUAAAUUUAACUGAUGGCAUCGACACUGCGCUGUGACUGGAGCCCUGGGACGAGUUCUGGCUGCGUCCGUCGUCCCCUUCAGACGCCCGUGUUUUCCAGCUGCUUUAGGAGGCAGGCAUUUUAAAGCAGGAAAACAAAUAUAAUAAAUAUACUGCAUCUUAUUAAGAUGUGUAAUUUUAUUCUGAGGAAACAUAAAUUAUGUUUUGUAUUAUAGGAAUUUAUGAGCCCACAUUAGGUUUUAUGAUUCAUUUGCCAGGUUUUUAAAUGUUUUCAAACACUGUUAACAGAACUUCGGCUACAAAUAAAAUGGUGUAAAUAAAGACCUUGCUAUCUCUAAAUUAUGGAUGUUAAAGAUUUGAAAUGUUUUGUACUUUGAUUAUUUUUAUUUCUUAUACUCUUUUCUUUUAUAUUGAUAUCUUGCCCACAUUUUAAAUAAAUGUACUUUUGAACUUAGAA